AUGUCGCAGGGUCCUGGAGUACAUCUGUGUGAAACGUUAAACCACUGGAAGGGACGUGGGUUCAGAGGUCGUGGUCGAGGAGGUCGAAUGAGUCGAGGUGGCAUGUGUGGUGGACGAGGGAUGAUAAAAGGCUUUGGUCCACCUGGACAUGGGAGGGGCCGAGGGAGGGAUGGAUCCAUGAAUGGAUUUGCACCGAUGAGAGGAAUGGGGAGGAUGCGACCUUACCCAGACAUGAGAAAUCAUCGAGGUAGAGGUGGACCCAUGGGCAUGGGCCCUCCUCCACCUCCACCAAUGCAUCUAAGAGGUCCCUUCCCACCCAUGCACAGACCCCCUCCACCACCUCCUCGGGGUCAUCCCGGUUUCAGAUGGCGUCCACCACAUCCGCGUGGCCGUGGAAUGCCGCCCCCUGGGCCUCCACGCCACUUCCACCCCCGAGGUCCAAGAGGCUACCACAAUGGACCGGUCUCUCCUCCGCCUCACCUCCUACCUGGCAGAGGCCAGAGGUGGCCAGGGCCCCCUGGUGGCCGCCGCUUUUAACACAGCCUGCCCUAAAAACAAUAACCGAGCACUUGUUAAUAUAGACAGGGCCUAAAGAGGUGCAGUAAAUGAAAUGCCCCUGAACUGUGUGUUAUACAAAGUCUCUGAGUAUCUUUAUGACAUACUCUGUAGCCAAAUGUUUGGAUAUUGAUAUUUCUUACUGGCAAAUGAAUAAUGUGAAAAUGACUAAUGACAACAGAGGACACACAAAAUGCCUCACACCUUAACAAUGUAAAGGCAUUCUCACGCUCUGUUACCUAUGUCGUUAAAAGGAAUAAUGUUGAUAAUGAAGGGACUAUUUGACAUUGUUGAGAAAAAGCUGUAAAAAAAAUCAAGUUUGAAAGCAAACAAAUUCUUGUCAAAGUUCAUUAAUUGUUCUGUGGUUCUUGUUACAGUCACCCUGUGAGCCUUAAGAAAAUAUCCCGAUUCUUAAUAAAGAAUAAAGAAAUGGGUGACAUAGUAUGUUUAAAAUGGGGGUAAAAUGCACAACAGACCUCACAUUAACUAGUUUAGUACACCUUGGACCUCCCUAACCUUUCCUUUUGUUACAUGGAAAUAGUUAUGUAUUAUAACCCCACCAAGCAGUGCAGCAAAUAUUGUUUAACAGACUCACUUUCACAGACUCAAUAUUCCAUUUGUCAAGUAUUCAUGAGUAUUUAAUUUUAUAUUAUAUAUCUUUAAUGUGCAGCUAUUUUAAGUUAUGAGUACUGCUGUUUGGAACAUCAGUGUUUGUCUUCAGCAAUCUAUUGUGUAAUGACAAAAAGGAAAAAGCAUUAUA